GGUUUUGAGGCAAAAGUGAAAGUAAAAUGAUCAGAAAUUUUAAGUUGUUCAAACAGCUACUGUUUCGAUGAAGUCUCUUAAACUUCUUACAUGGGAAGAAGAAGACACCAUAUCGUCCUGGUCUCUAUGGUCCCGGUGAGUCUGAGGGGAAAGAGCAGAGUAACGAUAGUACCGAAGAUCUUUUUGUUACGCACUCGACAGAGAUAUAAAGUAGAGCAGUUACGUUGAACUUUAACUAAGUUCUGGAAAAUAAAGGUACACGUUUGUAGUGGUGUUUUAAUGAGUCGUGCUGCUUUGUGGCUUUUUUUCUUUCUUUUCUUGUGUUUCUGAUGACUGACAGUUCAGGGAAGUUUGUGAAGGUAUUCGCAGGUUUGGCAUUUCCGGGUUAGUCACUCAUCAACGGUAAACGGCCUUCAGACAAAUAAGCUCUUUUUAAACAAAUUGAGAUUGAUUUUAAACUACUACCAGGUUUUCAUCCGUACGAGACAUCAUCUGAGCUGUAGGGGAGAGUGGGAUAAGAUGAGCCAUUUGUCAUAUUUCUGAUCACUACAUCAAGACAAUCAUAGUUUGGUCUCUAACUAGUGUAUCCGUAUAUAUUUCAGGAUGUUGUUCCUCCCUGCAAACCAACAGAAUGAGUGUAAACAUAACUGUCUUGAUAAUAUAGCAUGCCAAAAAAAAGUGUUCUCCUAUGGUUUAACUUACCCUGUGUAUGGGUUAAGUUAAACCAUAGGAGUGGGGUAAGUUGAGCCGUAUCCCUACUAGUAAGUAAGUAGUAAGUAAGUAAACUUUAUUUGUAUAGCACUUUUCACUGACAAAAGAGUCACAAAAUGCUUCACAUAGACAAAAAAUAAAAAGAUGUACAUACAAAUUAAAAGGCCAAAACAACAUUUAAACAGUCAUAGUAGCCCCAAAAACAAUUAAACAAAUGCCUGAGCAAGUAAGUUUUGAGUUGGCUUUUAAAAGAGUCAACAGAAUCAAUUAAGCGCAGAGAGAGAGGAAGAUCAUUCACAAAUAUAGGAUACCCUAUAACACUAACUUACCCCACUCUGCCCUACAUUUAGCGUCUGUACGGGGCUCUGAUGCGCAGGGACUGUGCAGGGUGCCACACUGGAAAAGGACUUUGGUGAGUGUUCAAAACGUCCCCAGAAAAAAUGUUAGAGUCAAUAAAAACAGUCUAACCUUGCUGUCGCAUUGUAGUAUAAAAAGUAUUAAAUUUUUUAGGCAUUUCUUUCUGUCCUUAAAUGAUUAAUUAGGGCACAAUAAAGAGCUGUCGUAUAACCGAACUCUCUCAACACUCAAAUGUCCCAGUAUCCGUCUGCAUUUGAUUAAGGGACUAUUCAGAACAUUUUUAGGUAUAUUGCCACUGUGUUCAUCCAGACUUUUCUUGUUUUCUGCAGACAGUGAGAAUGCUGCGUCAAGAUAGACAUAGAAGUAUGCAACACGUGGCCAUAAAGGACCAGUUUUCAGGUAUUGAUCUUGAAAUCUUCAAACAGAGUUGUGGUUUAAUGUCAUGUUGUAUGUUUAUUUCCAAUAACUUUAAAUUGUUCAGACACUACUGUAACAGCAUCAGUAACUCAAGCAGGUUUGAGGUGACUGAUAUCAAAUUUAAUACACCAGAGGCUGAAUGAUGUCUGUAUUUUGGUCUCUAUUUACAUACAUGGUCUUUUGUUCUCUAGGUCUCUGAAGGAGAACAGACAGUAUCAAGCACACAUGGCGUGUACAUCACAGACUGCCUUUGAUUACGUUUGGUCUGCCAGGAUUCACCUGGUGGGAGAAUUAAAGAAUCUUCCAGUGAUUCUGGAGAACUUGUAUCAGCAAAAGGUUUUCAAUGAUGAAGAGGUCUGUGAGAUAGAAACAGAGAGAAAUGACUAUGAUAAAACCAGGGCAAUACUGGACCGAGUCAUAAAGAAAGGGGAAGCAGCCUGUGAAGUUUUACUCAGGAUUAUUGACAUGACCAGGAUGAGGACUUUAGAGAGAAUAUUUUCUUUCUCUGAGAAAACAACUGGAUCCUCUAGUGAGCCCAAACAGUUUGACCUGCACCACUGGAUCAGCUGCUUUCCUUUCAAAGAAGAUACACAGAUAUAUGGAGGCUGUUCACAAGGUAUUUUUGAACUAAAUUCUGAUCGAUAUUGACUUGUUUGUUUACUCUAUGUGAUGCACAUUAACGUGUGUAUGCACAAACCGAAUACAAGGUCACAUCACUUCACCGGGUACUUAUCUCUCAUUGUUGUUUCUGUUGUAGGUCCAAGACCAUGCCACAUAUAUCAGGAGAAGUUGAUGGAAAAAGCGCAAAAAAAGGUUGAUGAAUUUUGGAUGAGAAACCAAAAACUGCUCAGCGUCAACCGCAAGUCUGAUCUAUCGUACAGCCCGCUGGUUUUGGACACACAAGGAAGUGGAUCAGCAUCCAAAAUCAAGAAAUUUAAGAUAAAAAAAAGCAAGAUGAGCCGCCCUAAAAAGCUCAGGACGUACAUACCUGAAGACAAAUCCAAAGUAUCUCCAAGUGACCUGCUGAAAACAAACAAAAACAUCGUCUUGGUUGGUAAGCCUGGAAUUGGAAAGACAGCUCUCUGUCAUGAAAUCCUGAAGCUCUGGGUAGAAAGAAAGAGCGAGAAGCUGGAUUACAUGUUUUACUUUGACAUGAGAGAAACAUCCCACAUCACAGGUGUGAUGAGCUUAGAGGAACUCCUCUUCAGUGUGUACUGUGAACCAGAUGAUGGCAAAGACAAGGUGUUGCAGGACAUAAAGCGGUACUCAGACAACGUGACCGUGAUUUUUGAUGGAGUCACAGAUCUGACCUGUUCAGUGGUCAAACGUAUCGUUGAUAGGGACCUUCUCCCUAACGCGAAAGUCAUCAUCGCCUGCAGACCAGAUGAUGAGGAAGAUUUCUUCUCUGGAGACUUUCUCACAGUUGAAGUGAAAGGCUUUAGUGAACAGGCCAUCAAAUCAUACCUCUUACCAAUUCUUGGCGAGGAACACAAGAAGAUUUUGUGUGACUUGGAGCUGUUGACCCUUUGUCAUGUCCCGAUGUAUGCACUGAUGGUGGCUGCUUGUCUUUUAUGUAAGACACUUGAAGUCUUGCCUCGCAGCAAAACUGAAAUAUAUAUCAUCAUUGUCCGUUUUUGCCUUCAAGUGAGCAGCAAUAAAACAAACAAGCACCUCGACUCCUUCAUCCAAGAGAAGAAAAAGGAAAUCCUUUCUUUGGCUGAGAUUGCUUUUCAUGCAACUGAAAGAAAAAGCGUAAGCUUGACCGACCUUCACUGUGAAGACCGCUGUGUCCUUUCCUUUCUGAAACCUCUUGUCGUCAAACUGGCUCCCACUAAAACAAAAACAACACAUGCAUUUCUCCAUUACACAGUGCAGGAGUUUUUUGCAGCUGUGUGGCUCUUGAAGAACCCAAAUGAAAUUAAGGAUGUUUUUCAGCAAUGCCUCAAAGAGGAGAAGCAACACAUGAAACACCUGAUUCCUUUUAUGUGUAGACUGCUGACUGAGAAGAGCCCCAGCUUGAUGGAACACCUGAUUCCUGCUCAGGAGUUAAAAAAUACAUCAAACUGGUUCUUCAAGGAAUUGAUAGACAGUGGGCUUGACGAUGACAUACUAUCCUUGUGUGAGUGCAUAUACGAGUCACAGUGUCCUGAAGCAGGCAUCUCCUUGUUGAAGAGACUGAACUACCAUCUUGAUCUCAGCGGUGAGAGUUUGGAUUCCUAUCUUUGCUGCGCUGUGGCCAAUGUGGUUGCUCUGUCGAGGGAGAGGAAAGUGAGCCUGGACCUUGAGGGUGUCUCUGUGUCAGAACAAGGAGUGAGAAGUCUACUUGGCUGCCUUGAUAAUGUCCAAUGGUAUGGUUUAACAUGUCACAAUGCUGCUCAGUUUAUGACAUACAGAGGAAGAUAAAAUGAAAUGAGCUGUGACUGUACUGAGCAUAAAUACAUCGAUGUUGAAAUUGGAUGAAAAUGAUCAGCUCUUUUUUUCCUCCUCUCUAAUUAUUCUUUGAAUCACAGGAGUGACCCUCUGCCACAACAGCUGUGGAGGAUCAUCCUUCUCAGCGAGGAGCAGCGUGAAAGUGUCACUUUGCUCAGCCGUGAUGGACAUCAGUUGCACCUUCCAGUUCAGGGUGAAAGACAGCUGUUUGAAAGAGCAGUGAGUGUCAUACAGAAGAAUCCAAUGAAAGUGAAUGUUUGUCUUCACUGGGACAGUGGAGCAACUGCUGUCAGCCAAAGUCUGAGCAUGUCUCUCCUGGACGCUCUGCACUACAUCAAAUCACUCAGGUCAGUAGCCUGAAACCAAAAAGUGUCAUUUAAAAAGACAAUCACUGAACGUGACAUAAGAAAUCAAAUAUUACAGUCAGUAAUGACAAAUUCUGUGUUAUUUUUAAUAAUACAGCUUCAGUAUUAACAACAAGGGUCCAGGACAACAGGACAAGGAGCAAAGCCAUGAGAUGUGGGAGGAGAAAAAAAUGAAGCUGUUACUGGAUUUAUGCCUGAAAGCAGCGAUUCACAGAGAACUGGACUUUCAUGUAGUAAAAAAGCUGGCCACACUGUUUUCUGUUGACAAUGUGCAUCAUCUUCUCCUUGAUUUUCAUCAGCAUGUCAAGAGCACAGAGUGUUUCAGUGUCAUUCCAAAACUGAAGGCACUUUAUGAGUCUACUCCUUCAGUCUGGACCAUAGACCUCUCUAAGAGAAAGACCUCCAUCCUCCUGGAAGUGCUGAAACUCCAAACUGAGAAGAAACAUGUGAAGCUGUGUGGCUGUCCAGGAGAAGAAGAUGAAGUGAAGAUUUUCCUUCAGUGUCUGCCCUUUAUCUCACAGCUCAGGUAAAUAAAUCUACUUCCUUAUAUUUUCUUUUGUAAAGAUCAUUUUCUGACUGAAGCAGCUGGUUUUUAUCCAGUUUAUCCGUCUUUGUGUUCAACAUUUAAUCAAAUAUCUCAGAUAGAAGUUCUUUCAGACAGUUUAUAAACUGCUACAGAGGUUUGAAGGAUUUUUGACUCCAAAAAAAACAACAAGAUUAUGAGUCACUUUGAAUAAAACUGCCUAAAUGAAAGAAGCAACAUUUCCUGACCAUCAAAUCACUGUAUUUAUCCAGGAAAAGGAGACUAGUUUGAAGCAGCUAACAUGGUGACAAAUAAAUUACAUGGAAGAGCUCAAAUACUGACAAAGAUCAAUAACUGUUAUUGAUGAAUGAUUUAAAAAUAUGAUUUUUAAUCAUAGUUGAAACUUGAGUAAGUUAAUAAACCAAAGCUUGAACUUGAUGAAGUUGAGUUAGUUGAAUCAAAUGUUGAGAGAUCAAAGUUGAACUCCAGUCCUCAUGGUGUGAGAUGAUUGAUUCUUUGGUUGUUUGGUGAAGGUUUGCUUUUGCUCCUCCUGCUGGUUGGUGAACUGUAUCCCAGUAAAUCAAACAGUCUCUCUCUUUUUUAUUUUCAAAGUGGAGGAAACACCUUUGUGGACUGAAUCCAGUCCUCAGGCUUUUUGUUGAGAGUUUCAUUUGUGACACUUUGAUCAAAAUGAUCUGGAUCUUCUUCCAUCCAAACUUGUAACUUCAGUUUUUCAUUAGAUCAGUUGAACUGUGUUCAGCUGGCCCACAGAUAUUUGUAGUUUUGGAGCAGAUUAACCAUCAUGACAUAUUACUACUUUUCCUCCUCUGCAUCAUGUCAUGAUAAACUUUUGUCUCUUUUUUGUCAGUAUCUAUGAACUUUUGAUUGUAAUUGUCUUUGAUUCAUAGAAAUCUGAAUAUCACUUCACAGAACCUGUCUAUUUUUCUGCUGUGAGCGUGAUGUCCUUACAAAGUUUUACAGUUUCAGUUGCAGUUUCCUUUACGGGUCUGGAGAUAAAGUCAAGUUCUGUGGGAGUCUGUUCUGUGCAGCAGCAAGUGAGGAGAAACAUCUGGAGCUGUUAUUGUCAGUGUGCAGAUAUGAGACAUUCCCCUUCAAAGACUGGGAGCGUUUUGGUGAUUUUGAGUACAGCCAGUGUGGUUUCCUCCUGGAUCUGUACUCCUACAUUAAGGAUUCUACAACCAACAAAGGCUUGAGUGUCCUCCCUUCAGUUCAGUCUGUUUUCCAGUCAACUCCUUCAGUCUGGUUCAUAGACCUCUCUAAGAGAAAGACCUCCAUCCUCCUGGAAGUGCUGAAACUCCAAACUGAGAAGAAACAUGUGAAGCUGUUUGGCUGUUCAGUAGAAGAAGAUGAAGUGAAGAUUUUCCUUCAGUGUCUGCCCUUUAUCUCACAGCUCAGGUAAAUAAAUCUACUUCCUUAUAUUUUCUUUUGUAAAGAUCAUUUUCAGACUGAAGCAGCUGGUUUUGAUCCAGUUUAUCCGUCUUUGUGUUCAACAUUUAAUCAAAUAUCUGAGAUAGAAGUUCUUUCAGACAGUUUAUAAACUGCUACAGAGGUUUGAAGGAUUUUUGACUCCAAAAAAACAACAAGAUUAUGAGUCACUUUGAAUAAAACUGCCUAAAUGAAAGAAGCAACAUUUCCUGACCAUCAAAUCACUGUAUUUAUCCAGGAAAAGGAGACUACUUUGAAGCAGCUAACAUGGUGACAAAUAAAUUACAUGGAAGAGCUCAAAUACUGACAAAGAUCAAUAACUGUUAUUGAUGAAUAAUUUAAAAAUAUGAUUUUUAAUCAUAGUUGAAACUUGAGUAAGUUAAUAAACCAAAGCUUUAAUUUGAUGAAGUUGAGUUAGUUGAAUCAAAUGUUGAGAGAUCAAAGUUGAACUCCAGUCCUCAUGGUGUGAGAUGAUUGAUUCUUUGGUUGUUUGGUGAAGGUUUGCUUUUGCUCCUCCUGCUGGUUGGUGAACUGUAUCCCAGUAAAUCAAACAGUCUCUCUCUUUUUUAUUUUCAAAGUGGAAAUCCUAACAAAGUUUUACAACUUUGGUUUCAGUUUCUGGUCUGAAGAUGAAGUCAAGUUCUGUGGGAGUCUUUUCUGUGCAGCAGCAAGUGAGGAGAAACAUCUGGAGCUGUUCUUGUCAGUGUGCAGAUAUCAGACAUUCCCCUUCAAAGACAGGGAGGGUUUUGAUGAUUUUGAGUACAGCCAGUGUGAUUUCCUCCUGGAUCUGUACUCCUACAUUAAGGAGUCUACAACCUACCAAGGCUUGAGUGUCCUCCCUUCAGUUCAGUCUGUUUUCCAGUCAACUCCUUCAGUCUGGACCAUAGACCUCUCUAAGAGAAAGACCUCCAUCCUCCUGGAAGUGCUGAAACUCCAAACUGAGAAGAAACAUGUGAAGCUGUUUGGCUGUUCAGUAGAAGAAGAUGAAGUGAAGAUUUUCCUUCAGUGUCUGCCCUUUAUCUCACAGCUCAGGUAAAUAAAUCUACUUCCUUAUAUUUUCUUUUGUAAAGAUCAUUUUCAGACUGAAGCAGCUGGUUUUGAUCCAGUUUAUCCGUCUUUGUGUUCAACAUUUAAUCAAAUAUCUGAGAUAGAAGUUCUUUCAGACAGUUUAUAAACUGCUACAGAGGUUUGAAGGAUUUUUGACUCCAAAAAAAACAACAAGAUUAUGAGUCACUUUGAAUAAAACUGCCUAAAUGAAAGAAGCAACAUUUCCUGACCAUCAAAUCACUGUAUUUAUCCAGGAAAAGGAGACUACUUUGAAGCAGCUAACAUGGUGACAAAUAAAUUACAUGGAAGAGCUCAAAUACUGACAAAGAUCAAUAACUGUUAUUGAUGAAUGAUUUAAAAAUAUGAUUUUUAAUCAUAGUUGAAACUUGAGUAAGUUAAUAAACCAAAGCUUUAAUUUGAUGAAGUUGAGUUAGUUGAAUCAAAUGUUGAGAGAUCAAAGUUGAACUCCAGUCCUCAUGGUGUGAGAUGAUUGAUUCUUUGGUUGUUUGGUGAAGGUUUGCUUUUGCUCCUCCUGCUGGUUGGUGAACUGUAUCCCAGUAAAUCAAACAGUCUCUCUCUUUUUUAUUUUCAAAGUGGAAAUCCUAACAAAGUUUUACAACUUUGGUUUCAGUUUCUGGUCUGGAGAUGAAGUCAAGUUCUGUGGGAGUCUUUUCUGUGCAGCAGCAACUGAGGAGAAACAUCUGGAGCUGUUAUUGUCAGUGUGCAGAUAUCAGACAUUCCCCUUUGAAGACAGGGAGGGUUUUGAUGAUUUUGAGUACAGCCAGUGUGGUUUCCUCCUGGAUCUGUACUCCUACAUUAAGGAGUCUACAACCUACCAAGGCUUGAGUGUCCUCCCUUCAGUUCAGUCUGUUUUCCAGUCAACUCCUUCAGUCUGGUCCAUAAACCUCUCAGAGAGAAAGACCUCCAUCCUCCUGGAACUGCUUAAACUCCAAACUGAGAAGAAACAUGUGAAGCUGAAAGGUUAUCCUGAUGAUGAGAGUAAAGUGAAGAUGUUCCUUCAGUGCCUCCCCCUUAUCUCACAGCUUAGGUAAAUCUGUAUCUAUUUGAUGUACUUGGGUUUCUAGAAAAAAAUAAAAAUAAUGAUAAUAAAUAAAUAGUUGAAGUUUCUGUAUAUUCUGUGACAUCUUUUUUCUUGUGCUGCUAAAUCUUUCUGUCCUUUUUCAGCUGUGGUCCAGAGUUAUUCCAGAGGGUCUGUACAUCCAUCUCACUCAGAUCCAAACAGGAGGCUGAACAGGCGGCUUUACUGCUGCAGUUGCUUGGAUUUAACCGUCAGUUAAAAGGAAAGCUGCUCAGUCAAACAUGCCAGUCUGUAGGGCAAGUUCUUGGUCUUUGUGGUCCUAGUGUGGAUCUCAUCCUCACACCCCAACAAAUAUCAGUCGGAGACGCUUUACUUGUAUUCAGACAAACAACAAAACUACGCAGUCUGAGGUUUGUAUCAAACAAUGACUUUGUCUUCAAACAAUACCAUAUUGAAUUUCCUCUUGAGGGAUAAAUAAAGUUCUUCUUAUCUUAUCUUCAUCCACCCUAAAUAUCUUUAUCAUACCUCAGACUUUUUUUUUCAGACUUUCCACUGACAUGGCCCUGAUUCUUUCUCUGUGGGUAAAAAGAGGGAGAGUGGUCCCUCUGUCAGUUACUGAUGAGCUCUCUCUUGUCUCUGAGACAUUCCAACCUUCAGAGAGCGUAUGGCUGAAGGUUGUCAGUAGUUUGGCAUACCUGUUGAGACAUUGGACAGUCAGACGUUUAGACCUGACAGAGUCCAGGAUCCCUGCUCAGGCUCUGACUCCACUGCUGCUUCACAACGGCCCUCUGACAAUCAAGUACAAGUUUUCCCGUAUCUCUGAGUCAUUUAUUGAUGUGAUAUGAAAAGUUCAAUUAUUGAAUUAUAAUUGACUUUAUUAAGAUCUGCCCUCACUUUCUUUUUCAACAGACUGAAUGAGAAGAUUUCUGAGCCGCUACUUGACUUCCUCAGUGAAAUUCAGGAUGAGGAUUUGACCAGGUCUUUCUUAAGUAAGGUCGAUGGAGACCUGACCCCGUUUUCUCUGAACUGGGAGUUUCUGCAUCUUCUCUUGCAGUCUUCAUCUCAGACUUUGACUGUGAACAUGAGGAAAAACAGCUUCCUACAGAGGAGCGUCACAUGUCUGCUUCCUUUUCUGGACAGGGUUGUAUUUGAAAGGUUGGUUUGUUUACUUUGAUAAAAAGUUCAUUCAUAUCAUUAACCUCUGGGAUUUCGUGGUUUGUCUUGAGAAAAAAUUAGUUCAGACAAGGAAAAACAGAUUGAGGCGACGGUUCACAUUGGUUUCAGCUGUACAGUUAAAGAGUAAGAGUCCGUAUCCUUGUCAGAGGAAUUGCUCUCUUCAUCUCUUAGUCAAAGUCUGCUGCCAGGAUGGUCUGUGGAAAAACUUGUGUUCAAUAGUCUGAUUUGAAUGCACCAUCUUUCCUGUGGUGGAUAAUGUGAACCGUUAGUAAUUUAAAGUGUGCGUUUAAAGGUGGAGCAAAGACUUAAAGGGAUAUUCCGGGGUAACAUUUAUUUAGGAUCAAACACAUCAAAACACUGAGUUAGACACCCUGUCGAGAGAUGAAUGUUGCCGACCGCUUGCUUCUCUAGUAAUACCAACUUUAGUAACAACCGUAUGAUAGCAAUACACAGCGGUCUCAACCAAACGCCACUCUAUAGCCACAAAUAAUGUUCAGAACAGCACCUAACUUCAUCAACAGUACAUAUAGGGUCCCAGCCACAGUACUAGCCACCAAACAUCUUUUUAACUUUGCCUAAUUUCUUUAGCAAAGAGACUAAACACAAUUAACCCACUUUCUUCCAGCAGCCGCUUGUUUGUAGCUAGACCUCGGGCCAGUCCAUUACAGACUACAGCGGGGUGACUCAGCUCAAGGAAGAACAUUUAAGAUCAUUACUUUAUCAUUUCCUUGAAGUAUAAUCACUAUAUUAAUCAUUUUGCACUGCAUACGUGGUAGUUAUUCUGCCUUAGCGUCUCAGUCUCGGGCUGAUUUUAUUUCCAAAUUAUAAAGAAAUGAUCAUAAAUGUUUUUCCUUGAGCUGCGUCACCCCGCUGCAGUCCGUAAUGGAUUGGCCUGAGAUCUCGCUACAAACAAUCGGCUGCUGGAAGAGAGUAGGUGAGUUGUGUUUAGUCUCAGUUAAAAAGAUGUUUAGUAGCUAGUGCUGUGACUGGGACCCUAUAUGUACUGUUGAUGAAGUUAGGUGCUGUUCUGAGCAUUAUUUGUGGCUAUAGAGUGGUGUUUUGGUUGAGACCACUGGCUCUUGGGACCGCUGUGUAUUGCUAUUGUGCGGUCGUUACUAAAGUUGGUAUAACUAGAGAAGCAAGAGGUCGGCAACAUUUAUCUCUGGACGAUGUGUCUUACUCGGUGUUACGUUGUGUUUGACCCUAAAUUAAUUCUAUGCCGGAAUAUCCCUUUAAUUAGGGUAAACACUUUUUUAUGUGGACGGAGAGUCAUAUACAUAACAUGGUUUGGGUAUAUACACACUAAAGUUAUAAGCCUUUACUUCUUCUAGCUUUGUUCAUGAGUGCAUUUAAUGUUUGAAUCCUUUGAAUUGUUUCAUAAAUGAAACUCCUGCUAAUAUACUUUCAGGCCCUCUCCCAGCUUUGUGUUGACUGUCAUGAGAGAGAUCUACAAAACUCAAGCCAGUUCCAGUAUACCUGGAUUACUGAGGUCAUGUGAUGAUGUGAUCAACCUGACCUGCAAACAGAUGGACUCGGAGGACUGUGCUGCUCUACUCUACACCCUCAAACACAGUGAUGGAGUCAAGCUGAACCUCCUGUGGACCCUCAUACCACCAGGAGAAAUCAACUUGAUCCUCUCUAUGCUGGACAAAGUUUCUCACCUUAGGUCAGACAUUAAUGCAGAUAUGCAUCUAUUUUCUUUGUCAACAAUGUGUUAGUGAACAAAUUUUCCCGCAGUGUUGACAGGGAGCUGCUGCUGAAAAUGUUGCACAGCUGUGCUGCCUCUGAUGCUGUGGACGAGAGAGCUGCCAGUCUGCUGAGAGCUCUGCAGCACAGGUUGGAUCUGUCGUGCUCCUCUCAUGUGGAGAUGUCAGAGGAGGGUCAGAGGGAAACUUUCUGUCUGGAUGUUGCAGACUGUUGGGCCAUCUCCACCGUCCUGGGGUACAACAUCCAGGACACAGAACUCAAUCUGCAGGACUGUGUGGUGGAGUCCAGUGGACUGAACCUGCUGCCAUCUGUCCUAAACAGAGUCAAGCUCAGGUGGGGAACCAAAAAAUAACCAAGACCAUGGCUUUAGCUGAAACAGCUUUCUAGACCCAUUUCACACUUUUAACACCCUGUUCUUUGAUUUCAUUUUCCUGCAUAGAGCAAGCAAAGUUGUUGUCCUCCAGCUGAUGUCUAUAUUGGUCGAUGAGUUUUACCCAAGAAGUUGGGCAGAGUCCCUUCAUAGAGCCCUGGGUGGAGAUCUGGAUCUCAGCCACACUGAACUGGACCAGAAGGCGUGUGAAGGUUUGGCCCUGAUGCUGGACUUUGUUGAGGAGGUGACAGAGCUGGACCUCAGUCACUGCCAGCUAACUGACCAGCUGCUGUGCACACUGAUCAAGUCUCUGCACAAAGUGCAAGUCAUUGAGUGAGUUCAUUAAAGAAACUAUUAUGUAAUGCAAUAUCAGCUCGAGCAGUAGUGGGUGAGUGAGGCAGUAAUGUAGAAAUACAAUACAAGGAUGAAUCAUGCAAACAGAUAUCUUAUCAUGGUCUUUAUCGUCUUUGGAGAAAUAUGUGAAUAAGAGGUGAGGCAAUUUUAGGUUCAAAUGUUUAUGAAUUUUGUCAAAACUCUGAUUUCUGAUCGGUGCCGACUCUGUAAAUACUCACAGACAGCAACAAAGAUGAAGACGAAGACGGCACAUUUACCUACAGAAUCCUCCAUAAUGACAUAACUGUUCAAACUGAUUGUAGCUAGGAAGCUGCUCUGAAGGGAAAGCAGAGGAGCAUGUAGGACUGCGGCUCUGCUCCCUGAUCUCUAUAUCAAACUGAUUGUAGCUAGGAAGCUGCUCUGAGGGGAGUAAUGAGGAGCGUGUAAGACUGCGGCUCUGCUCUCUGAUCUCUAUAUCAAACUGAUUAUAGCUAGGAAGCUGCUCUGAAGGGAGUGCAGAGGAGCGUUUAAGACUGCGGCUCUGCUCACUAGUCUCUGUAUAAAAGUGAUAGUGGCUGGGAAGCUACUGUAAAGGAGGCGCAGAGGAGCAUGUAGGACUGCGACUCUGCUCCCUGAUGUCCACUCUGAAUUGUCAGUAGUUAGGACUAAUAAAUUUGGCCAGAUUUCUAGAUGGCUGCUCCAUCUCGAGUGGGAUGAAUGCCGUCCCAACUAAUCAGACCAGGCUUGCCCCAAAACGAUUUCCAAUUAUUAAUGAAGCCCAUGCCGUUUUGCGGACACCACUUGAAAGCCAGUGGUUGUAUGAUGAGAUACGGCUACACAUCUAAUCAGUUGUCUGAUCGGGCAGGAGACCAGAGAAAACUACGUAGUCCGGCAUGGUUUUGGCAUAUUCACAUACCGAUUCCACGUUCAAUUUAGUGACUUCCAACAAGCGGUCAGCAACGUUCAUCUCUCGAUGUGUGUCUAACUCGGUGUUAAAGUGUGUUUGACCCUAACUUCCUUUAACGCCAGAAUAUCCCUUUAAGAUGCAAAUAUUUGAACUGUGUUCACUAAAGGGGUGUUCAGACCAAACGCGACCAGGUCGCGUCGCGUCGCGUUGGUUGGUCACGUCGUGUCGCGUGGUGCCCUGGUGUGUUCACAGCAGAUCUAAAGCUGCAGUCGCAGGUCACGGCUGGUCGCUGCUGACCUGCUUCUCCCACCUUCCUUCUCCCUCGUUUUCUCCCUCAUAUAUACAUCCCGCAGCCCCCUCCAGCGCUUGCGGCACACACACACGUUGAAACAUGUAGCCUAGCAAGCAGGGGAUGUUUGCUAUGUUUUCAGAAAAUAGUCUGCUCACUGAAAUAAAUAAACAAACGACCAGAAAGCCCAAAAUCAUGGGCCACCUUCGCCCAUGCCUCCUCCUUGGAGGUGCGGUCCCGGUAAAACGCGCACCCCACGUUGUACAGGACCGGGUGAUAACUCACGGCAGUGAUAAACUACUCCUCCAUUGUGAUUCUUCUUCUCCUCCCCCUUGCUUCGCCGGUUUGUUAUCGUCAGCAGAGCCCUGAUUGGCUGUCGCGGCACGGAGUCGCAGAUUGUCACUCCCAAAGUUCAAAUAUUUGAACUUUGGGAGCGACGCAACUUGGCAUCCUGCGGCCUCGGCGACGCGACUUGGCGACCAUGCGCGACCUGGUCGCCAAGUCGCGUCAGGUCGCGUCGCAGGCAUCGGGUCGCGGUUGUCCAUAGACUUUGCAUUGGGAGCCGUUGCCGACGUCGCCGACGUCGCGUUUGGUCUGAACACCCCUUUACAAUUCAUCAAACCGUAGAGUCAGUGGAAUUUGAUAAUAAUAAUUAAAAAACAUCAGUUUAACAUAGAAGGCUGGUAAAGUGAAGUAUUUAUCAGACUGAAAGGAAGAAAACUUGAACUUAAUCUGUGAUUGUUUUGUGCUUGUGACAAACCAACAUAGCUCACACCAGCAGCAGGCUGAAAUGAUGUGUCACUUCUUUGUUUGUGUGUUUCACAGUCUGAGUCACAAUAGGAUCACUGGUGCAUCAACGUCCAUGUUGCUCGAACUGAUCUCCAAAGACUCCUGUACUAAGACAGUGCGGUGAGCAUGGAUGAAUUUUCCUUUAUGCAGACAUUUCAAAUGAUUUUCUUGCAGAUCAACCACUGAACAUUACAGCUCACUAAAUUUACACUGGCACUCAUUAUUCUGGCUGAAUGAGUGAUGUCUGCUUUCCUGGUCUUGUCUCCUUUAUUUUUCUAGACUCUUUGGGAAUACCAUGGUGGAUCAAACACCUUUAAAGAAGAACAAGCAGUUUGAAAUCUGGUGAACUAGAUGUCACUGUGGUGGUAAUGUGAUGCUCCGAGGAAAAAUGUUCUAUAAUCUCAGAAUAAUCUGUUGUUGAUUAACAUUCAGAUAUGAAAAGGAUGUUUUAUGGUGACUGAUGCUUUAAAAAAAUGCUCAAUGAAAGAAUAAAGUCCCAUAUUUUAAGAAAAUACGAGUUCUGAAGAGCCAGGUUAAAUAUUCAAAACAGAAAAGGUACAAUAAUAUAGAAAAAUGAACUCAAAGAAAAAAAUGUCAUGUUGAACUAUUUUUAACUUUUGUCUUCUUGUUUUUUCUAUUUUUUUUUUAAUCUGUAUAUGAUUCUGUGAAUUGUUUUUUACUUUAAUAAAUUUAUUUUGCUAAUACAAAUAAACCAUCAAAUCUGUCUUUACUAUAAGUAACAGCACUGCGAUGUGUCCUUGUUAUUUCAGAUCCGGAUUUUGUUUAUUGAUAUUUUUUACUUUGUGAUUCAAAUUGAUGAGAAGGUUGGAAUAAGUGAAGAAAUAACUACUUGUGUGUCUCGUCUCGUAAUCCAAUAGAUGGGUUUCUGUGCAACGUCAUCACAGGUAUGCGCGUGCAGCCAGGGGGCAAAAAGCGGGACAUUUCUUAUUUGUUUACUAGUGGAGUCAACGGAGAAGGAAAAUGACAAGCAGCUGUUGUGCUGUAAACUGCACAAAAGGCAAAAGGAUGGAUGGAAACUGUUUAACAUCCCGAGGAGAUCUCAUCCUUUUGCUAAGAGAAGAAGAAGAAGGUUCUGGCUCUAGGCCAUUAAAAGAGGGUCCUGAAGGUGCAGGUAUCAUAAGGUUUUGCCUUAACUCCCUGUCUCUGGCUGGGCAGAACACUUGCUCUCAAAGCGCGAAACCCUGAACUCGUGUCAUAACAUUUUAAAUUUUGGACAUGGCCACAAAGUACAUAAUUAUACGCAUCCAAAGAUUUGUAUGCACACAAACUGUCCUUUGUGUACACACUCAAUUAGAUGAUUAUAUAUGUCGGGCCAUAUUAUAGCUGGCCAUUUGGACAUAUCUGCAAUCCAUUCUAUAUCUCAAUAAAUCAAAAUAAAUAUAUUCUAAUUUAUAGCAUACUUGAAUAAAUUGUGCAACAGAAGCCUG